CACCAGAGCCAGAGCGGGGAGCAGAGCAGGCAGAAGGACCCAAGUACACUGCUGAGGGGAGCAGCGGGCGGCAGGAGAGGUCUGCGCUCCAUGUGGCAGGGGAGCAGCCGGGGAUCGAACCGGCGCCGCGGAGGCUUCAGGCAGCUUCGCAACCCAUCGCUCAACCACUGCGCCACCGGGGAGGCCCAAUUGUUUACAUUUUUAUAACAUUUUCUCUAAUUUUAAAAAGUUUUAUAUGCAUGCUUUAUCUCAAUAAAAAAUAACAACAGUAACAAACAUUUAUAUGUGUUUGUUGUGUGCCAAGCCCUGUUUUAAGUGCUUUAAAUAUAUGUUACCAGUGUCACCCUCAUGCUAACCCAUGAGAUGGGUGCUAUAACUAUAACUUAGCCUCAUUUUAUAGACAAGGAAACUAAGGCUUAAAGAGGCCACCUAUGAUAGCAGCAGUAGUGAAGCUGGGACUUCUGCCUUUAAGUCUCAAGCUCUUUCUGUGUCAAAAUGAGGGUCAGGGAGGCCACAUGAGUGGGGCUGGGAGAAGUUGGCCAAGGGGGAGAAGGCUGGAAAUAGGAGCUGGGUGGGAACAUUAGGACAGGGCUGUGCUCAGGGUUCAUUAGACAGUACUGUGUCUUUGAAAUCAUUUUAAAAUACCCUUAGUGCAAAUGGGAGCAAGAAGUUUGAUUAGGAUAUGUUCCUUUUGAGGGAGAAGGUAGAAAAUAUGAGGAGGGGGGGUAAAUGAUAUGACCUGAUUUCUUAAUCUAUGUCUUCAGCUCAUAUUCAUCAACCCUCUUAUGUACCAAGUGUUACCCUAGGUACUGUAUUUUGACGAUAAGUGAGCAUGCCUUCUUGGAGCUUACAGACUAAUGGGGGAGCACAUCUGCUUUCUAUUUUUCACAUUUCAUUUGCCCCUUCUUCACCCUACCAGGGAUGAAUCAAUGAUGGCAUGAGAGAAGGGGACAGGAGGAGAAGCUAAAUCUAAAUGAGUCCUUAUUAAACUGGUUUUUACUGUUUGACUAAGGUCACAAAUGGGAAACUGGAUAAGGGGAAAUAAAGUCACCCACUACUUUCCGACCCUUCCAAUUCCCCUUCCUCUAGCCCUUGUGUGCCUAGCUGGUUUACCAACACCUUAGCAAGUCGUUUAUCUCUGCCCAUGAAUCCAAGGUUCUGCAAGGGGUCUGGAGCAGAACUGAGAGCUUCUGUAUUCCUAUGUGACCUGAUUUUGGAGGGUCAGAACAGCUGCCCUCAGUGGUUCUCCCAUUUCCUGAAAGGAGGCUCGGUGUGUGGUGUCCUUGGGCAAGUCACCUGACCACUUUCUGCUUCUGUUUCCCUGCAAAUAAAAAUGGGGAUCAUAAUAAAGUACCAUGCUAAGUAUUUUAUUUACAUGAUCCAUAUUAUCUCUGAACAAACCUUUAAGACUUACCCAUGUAAUCACCAUUUAAAAACUAACAGUGUUGGGCGCCUGCCUGGUGGUGCAGGGGUUAAAAUCUCAGCACUAUCAAGCUAUCAGGACUCACUGCUGCCUGAGUUUGAUCCCAGGCCAGGGAGCUGACCCACAUGGCACAGCAGACCCCUCCUGGCUCAUCUGCUCCCCCCUCAGCAGUGUAUUUCAGUAGGUCUGCCUGUUCUGCUCCCCACUUUGGUGAACCCUCUCACCACCAGCCCUCAUUCCGGACCUCCCCACACCUCUGGCCUACACCCACUUAUCUUAUGCAUAAAUAAAUUUUUAAAAAUCUAAAAAGAACACCAAAAACAGUGUUAAGGUUCAGAGAGAUUAAAUCUUGCACAGCUAUUUCAUGGCCAAACUGGAAUUUGAAUCUCGGUUUUCCUCUGAAACCCAUACCCUGCCUCUCUUUGAUCCUCAACUUUCUUGUCUAUAAAAAAGGAGGUAAUAAUAGCCAGUCGUUCUUAGUGUUUUGUACAACAAUUACAAGGUAAGCUCUCUUACUAUUUAUCCCUGAAGAAAUAGACAAGUACCCACCUGGAGACAGUCACACAAUUGGUCAAGCUUCAGUAUCUGUUAACUGCGGAGCUCUGUGCUCUGAUACGGUGGUAAUAGACUUGAAUAACAGCAGUUAACAUUUAUUGAACCCUUAUGCAAUUUACUAUAGUACUCUCCCCAACUGUAUUUGAAAUGGAGAGGUUAGGUCCUUGCUAAGAAAUGGUGGAACUGAGAGCUGAACUUAGAUUCUUAACUGCUACUCUAAAUUGAAAUGAGAUAAUGUGUGUAAAUUAUUAUAGUAUCUACCAUUUCUAAGUAUGUGCCAGGCAGUGAUCUAAACUUUUUACAUGCAUGAAUUCAUUCAAUCCUCACAAUAACCUUAUAGAAUAGGUGCUAUUAUUCUCAUUUUUACAGAUGAAGAAACUGAGGCACAGAGGAUUUGUCCCAAAUCCCACAACUAAUAAAUAUCAAAGCUGCGGUCAUGAAUCCCAGUCUGUCUUCAGAGGGUGCUCAGCCAAAUUCUAUGUGUUUAAGGGCCUGGUUCCAAUAAACUGUCGAUGAUUAUUAUUCUUUAGGAGGUAAGAAGGGAAAUUUGGGUCCUGGGGCCAUCAGUGGAUAAGGGUGGGAAGACACGUAGGAAAUCCAUCAGGCAGUGGCACUUGAAAGGGCAGUGGUCUGCCCGGAGUCUGGUGGUUUAAGAAAAGGGCAGAUGAUACUAGGGUGAGCAGGGACUGUGGUGUUCUUGUACUAGGGUAGUAAGGGUAAGAGGUGGGGGGAUUCUGGGCAUAUUGGAAGGGAGAGUCAACAGGAUUUGCUGAGGAGCGAAUGUGAACUGUAGGAGAAAGAAGGCAAAGAUGAUAACAACAUUAUUGGCAGGAGGCAUUGUGGAAGGAUGAAGGCUGAGACCAAAAAGGUGGUCUGUAGGCAGGGCAAAUUUCAGAUGGAAAUCAGGAGUUUGAGCUUGAACAUGAGGAGUAGGAGGUGAUACCAGCAGGUGUAGGCAGCUGGAUAGAUGAGCCUGAAGUUUCCAGAUGAGUUUCAAGCUGGUGAUAUAGAUGUGGUACCAGGUGAGACCAUCUAGGGAGGCAAUGAAGAGCCCCAGCUCCCAACCUACACCACUCUCCUGCUUCCUGCCCUGAUAGACUUUCAGAAAGGCGGCUCUGCAAGCGGUAAGUGGGUGCACAAUUUAAAUAGAAGAGUUGUGUAGAACUAAGUGCUGAUGUCAGCAAGCAGACUAACCUGGGAGAAUUACAAUGUCAAAGAUAUGAAGGGUGAUAACAAACGUGACUCUCUUUCAGUUGAAUACUGGUAAAAUCAAUUUCAGCUUAACCAGUCAUUCUUUGGAGGCUGCUGAUUUUCGACAGAGUACCCUUCAUCCCCUGAAAAUGACUAAUAACGAGAAGGUAUUUAUACUUUGAAAACCUCAACCACAAUGAGUGUUAAGGGAGGGAUUGAAACCACAGAAAUAAGUCUGAGUUAAACAUCGGAAUCCCAUACAAGUUCCACUUUGCUCUACAAGGCACACUCUUCUUUGUACAUAAAAUUUUAUGUCUGAAACACAUGCCAUCCAGAAGCAAGGGGACAGGGGCCACACAAACCUGCAUUAGCUGUCUCUUCUGUGGAUCCUCUACCACCCUGUGCUCCACUGGGUUCUUAAACACACUGUAUUGUAUUUAUCUUUUUUAUUUCAGUGAUUCCCAUAUUAAACUCCAGGCUUCUUAGCAAAGGUGGGGAAUGUUUUCUCCCCCUAUUAGAUUCCCAAUGACCAGUAGCCCCUGAGGUAUUUGUUCAAUAAACAAGGACUAAGCAUUCCAGCAUGUUUCCUAGUAGACUCUCAGGCUGUUCUAGUGGACUCUGUUUUGUUUGGGAUUUCCCAUGUUCCUCCCAGCAUCUUGAAAUGUUGCCCUAAGCCCAAAGCUGGGAGAGCUAUAGGUAGAAGCAGGCUAACUCUGUCCCCUACCAUUGAAAGUCCUGCAUGGUCCAGGACCUCUGUAGAUUUUGGGGUUGUAGGCACAUGGUUUCAGCACCUGCAGUUCAUUACCUCCCUGCAUUUUCCUGCAUUUCUUAAUGUUAGCGCAGGAAAAUCACAAACAACUGAGCCAUUUGCUAGCCAAACAAAGUGCCUUGGCAGGUUUGGUUCAGAUGUUUUCAAACUCAUGUCAGGGGAGAAAGGAAGCAGAGAGGGAGGCUCUGGGUGACCUCUGGCUCCCAUCCUAACUUUGACCAGAGCAACUCCUGUGAUCUGUGUGUGUAGGCGUUCCAGUGCUGGGGUGAUCACAGGAACCCCUUCUCUUAAAACAGACAACUGAUUGUCUUUCCUCAGUGGCCAUCAGGCUGUGGACAUUACCUGGCAGCAUGAGCUCAAAGGGGUCCUGUAACAAACUCAGCAGCAGGAAGGUAACAAAUAAGGACCAGGAUCCAGGGCCCUGUAACAGAGCCUCAAGGAGUGCCUUGUGAGGUUGGCCUGGCGACAUUCUGCCAAGGGGCAAAGAUGCUAACCUCCCUAGGAUGAACCAGCAAUUGCACUCCCUAAAGGUACAUACCCUAAAGGACUGAAAACAGGUGUUCAAGAAAAAAAUGUAGAUAUUCAUAGAAGUACUAUUCACAAUAGCCAAAAGGUAGAAUUCAUCCAAACACCCAUCAGCUGGUGAAUGGAUAAGCAAAACGUGGUAUAGACAUACAAAGGGAAAAAUUUUUUUUGGACAAAAGAGUUUAAUUAUCUCCUUAACCAUCCAGAUAGAAAUAUGUGGUAAAUGCAUGGAAGCCAGUGUUAUAAAAUUAGGAGAGAGGAAGGUAUUUUUAGACCAGUUUAAGUUUAGACAUUCAUCAAGUUGGAGUUUCAACAUUUUUUUUCAAAGUAAAACUUUUUAACAUGGUAAACAAAACAAUGUGUUAAAACUGACUUCCAGAAUUGUCCCAACUUUUAAAAGCAUGAUUUAAUUUGUUUUCAUUUCUUUAAAUAUCAAGUUUUCUUUGGCAACGUUACUCAAACUAUUAAAUUUACAUUUUAGGACUUCAUUUAUGUUUCUAUAACUGAUUACCCUACAUUGGUGUUCAUCAGAAUACCUUUCUCUAAGCACUAAUUGUUUAUAUCUUCCCUUUAAAAUGUGUGACUUUUAAUGAAUUGCCAUUCUCAUCAAAAAUAUUCCAGAGAAAAAAUUAUGAAUUAAAUACCUAUAAAUUCUUCUUUAUCUCUGCUGUUGUGUAGCAAUUUGUCAUCUAACCAUCAACCUAGCCAGGUUGAAUCUCUUUCUCCCUUCAGACAUAACGGAUUGCAACUCGUAAAGCAUUAGUUGGCUGCAGCUUCUCCACUUCUAUAUCAACAGCUGUAACUGAGACAGGCCCUUCUUUGAGCUAUAUAUGUUGGCUAGUUUUAACCUCCAAAAAGGCCUUUUUCAGGGCCAUCUUCACCAAGGUUGCCUUUCCUUCACUUAAUGCUUUUAGAAAGGGUCUCACUCAGAAACUCUUUUUGGAAGCUUCUCCGUGACUCCGUGUCAGUGAUUUUGGUUCACAAGCAUUGAUGUUCUCUUUCUCUCUCUCUUUUUAUAAAGAUUUAUUUAUUUAUGCAUACAAGAACUGGGGUGUAAGCCAGAGUUGCAGGGGAGGUAAGAGGAUUCACCAGAAAGAGUGGGGAGCAAAACAGGCAGAUCUACUGAAAUACACUGCUGAGGGGAGCAGCGGGCGAGACAGGAGAGGUCUGCUGCGCCAUGUGGGUUGCUUCAUGGCUGGCUGGGAAUCGAACAAGUGCUGCAGUGACUGGCGAUAGCUUGAUAGCUCUGUCUUUAACCUGUCUUUUCCUUGCGCCACCAGGGAGGCCCAGCAUUGAUGUUCUUGAAGGAUGUACAAAGCGUGAGUCACCCACAUCAGCAAGGGACCAUGGAUCCUGGCACCGGGCCAGAGUCGUCUCUGACUGUCAACGAGCAGGUCAUCGUGAUGUCAGGCCAUGAGACCAUUCGAGUGCUGGAAGUUGGAGUGGAUGCCCAGAUCCCUACUGAGGAGGAGGGCAAAGGACUGGAGGGGGUGGCCAUUGAAGGCUCCCAGAGCGGAGGCCCAGCUGAAGCCAGUGAGCCUGGUGGUGAAGCAGGGUCAGACAACCCAAACUCCUCUGCGGAGGCAACUGUGAAGUCACUCCCUGGGAUCCCUCCAAGCCCUGCCCCUGCCGUUGCCACCUUCAGCCAAGCCCCAAGCCAACCUCAGGCAUCGCAGACUCUGACACCACUGGCUGUUCAAGCUGCCCCCCAGGUCUUGACUCAGGAAAACUUAGCCACAGUUCUGACAGGAGUUAUGGUUCCAGCAGGGGCAGUUACUCAACCUCUUCUUAUCCCCAUCAGUAUUGCAGGUCAAGUGGCUGGUCAGCAGGGGCUGGCCGUGUGGACAAUUCCUACAGCAACCGUGGCUGCCCUCCCAGGACUGACCGCUGCUUCUCCUACGGGGGGAAUUUUCAAGCCACCUUUAGCCGGUCUCCAAGCAGCUGCCGUGCUGAAUGCCGCGCUCCCAGCACCCGUACAAGCCGCCCCACCAGUGCAGGCCUCGUCACCCGCCCAGUCCCGGCCACCAGCCCAGCCCCAGCCGCUGUUCCAGACCCAGCCGCUCCUGCAGACCACGCCUGCCAUCCUACCGCAGCCCACUGCUGCCGCCGCUACUGCCCCCACCCCCAAGCCGGUGGACACCCCCCCACAGAUCACCGUCCAGCCUGCAGGCUUCGCAUUUAGCCCGGGAAUCAUCAGUGCUGCUUCCCUCGGGGGACAGACCCAGAUCCUGGGCUCCCUCACUACAACUCCGGUCAUUGCCAACGCCAUUCCCAGCAUGCCGGGGAUCAGCAGUCAGAUCCUCACCAACGCUCAGGGACAGGUUAUUGGAACACUUCCGUGGGUAGUGAACUCGGCUAGUGUGGCGGCCCCAGCACCAGCCCAAAGCCUGCAGGUCCAGGCUGUGACCCCACAGCUGUUGUUGAAUGCCCAAGGCCAGGUGAUUGCGACCCUGGCCAGCAGCCCCCUGCCUCCGCCCGUGGCUGUCCGGAAGCCAAGCACGCCUGAGUGCCCAGCUAAGAGUGAGGUGCAGUCCAUCCAGCCCACGCCAGCCAUACCCCAGCCCGGUGUGGUCAUCGCCAGCCCAGUCCCAGCGGCCAAGCCAUCUCCUUCUGCUCCUAUUCCAAUUACCUGCUCAGAGACCCCUACUGUCAGCCAGUUGGUGUCCAAGCCACAUACCACAAGUCUGGAUGAGGAUGGCAUCAACUUAGAAGAGAUCCGGGAAUUUGCCAAGAACUUCAAGAUCCGGAGGCUCUCUCUGGGCCUCACACAGACCCAGGUGGGUCAGGCUUUGACUGCGACAGAAGGGCCAGCCUACAGCCAGUCAGCCAUCUGCCGGUUCGAGAAGCUGGACAUCACACCUAAGAGUGCCCAGAAGCUGAAACCGGUGCUGGAGAAGUGGCUGAAUGAAGCUGAGCUCCGGAACCAGGAAGGUCAGCAGAACCUGAUGGAGUUUGUGGGAGGCGAGCCCUCCAAGAAACGCAAACGCCGCACCUCCUUCACCCCCCAGGCCAUCGAGGCUCUCAACGCCUACUUCGAGAAGAACCCACUGCCCACGGGCCAGGAGAUCACCGAGAUUGCUAAGGAGCUCAACUAUGACCGGGAGGUGGUGAGGGUCUGGUUCUGCAACCGGCGCCAGACGCUCAAGAACACCAGCAAGCUGAAUGUCUUUCAGAUUCCUUAGGGCUCGGCCCCAGCCCUAGUCUCAGCACUUUGUACUUGUCCCUUGGCACCAGCUGCAGCCACCGCUGUGACUGUGCUGUCAUUCUGCCACACGCGAACGUGCUUGUCCCAGGUCGUGAGGCUCCGCUGUGUGCAUGUGCAUCAGUCCCCCAUAGCUCACGUCACGGGGAGGGCAGAGGGGCCCACCCGGAGCCCCAGGCUCAGGGCUGGGGCGCUGAGGGAGAGGGUUUGUGGUGUCAUUUAAAGAAGCACUUUGCUAGCUUGGUCUUUGAAGGGUGAAUUCUGGCUGGGAACCAGAACCUCCUUGUCGUGGGGUGGCCUGUGAGGAUUCCCUCGCAGACCACUGGCCAUUCGUUCCUGUUUUUGGUGGUUCUGUUCCUGUUUCUCCUUUGCUCCUCUGUGUGAGUGCAGGCACGGCGCUCCUCCCCGGAGCACGGCUGCACCUGCUUUGCUGACAGGCAAAGGCCCCUGGAAGGACCCGUGCAGAAAAGUGUGAUGUACUGCUCAGAGGGUCAGACUCAGUGUCUGCCUUGACCUUGAGGUCAGAAGCUUCCCACACAGCCCUGUGCUAGAGCAUGUGACCCCCCUCUCCCCUCUCCCUGUUCCUGUGGGGCGGGGGAGGCAGUCAGGGGGAGGAUUACACUAAAGCAGAACCUUUUGUGAUCAGUGUUAGGAGGACUCAGCAGUGAACUCCAGCCAUGUUGCAAUUGACCUGGGUCUGCAGCAGGUGGGGAACUUAGUAAGUAAGGUCAUCUUUGCAGAUUUUAAUCUAAUCCUUGUCCAUGGCCCAACCUCCCUGCCCUCCCCAGCACCUCCCCACCCACACACAAUGUGAGUAAGAGAACUGGCACCCUAGAAAAUCCUACUGCCUGAGCAAGCAGGCACCUGGAGUAAAGUGACGAGAGGAACAUUGACUCUCCUCCUGUCCUGACACUCACCUCCAACCUGGUACGAGAAGGGGCAAAUUAAACAAUAACUAGACAGCAAGGCCUGGGGGAAAGGUGAACCUACAGAAGGAGCUGAUGGGAUGGCAGCCCACAAAGGUCUCUCAUGGAAGGUGACUUAACUCUAAUUUUCGCUGUAAAUUUAAACCCUGGAUCCUGGAGGAGAAAUAUCUAGUCCAGACUCUUGACCUUGUGUUUGUGGGAGCAAUGUCCCAGUGCUGAGAAAAUGCCCCUGGAGCAGGGUACAUUCUGCCCUACAGAGGGAGCUGUGGCACAUCAGCCAGGCUGCUUAGUGUGUUUCAGUCUUGCUGUGGCUGAGCUGCUUGCUCCCUGGAACUCUGUGAGAUCUAGUAGGAGAACACUGAGGGGGCUGCUCACAUAGCCCAGGCUUGCUGCGUAGACUGUCCCUAAAGGACCACAGGUCACAGAGGUCAGCCACCCCCUCUUCAUGCUCUUGUCCUCCCAAAGCCAGGUGUCUAUGCGCCUCGCUUGAUCCACCCUGAGGUGACUGCCAGGAGAGAGCACCUGGCCCUCUCUGUUGGUCACUGGUGCAGAGCCCCUUAGCCUGCUUGCUUCCUCUGCAUGCUGCGUUUCCUUUACUGCCCACAGCUGGCUCCAUAAUGCCAGGGUGGUUACCCUCUUCAUAAGCCCUGCAAUGAGAGGACAGUUGUGUAUCAAAUUGCCUGCCCCCCCUCCCCUCUAUUUCUCUCUCUCUCUCUGCGCCCCCCCACCCCCUGCUGCUAUAUUUGGACCAACCAAACCUCUCACAGUGUGGCAGGAAGUGGGGCAGGGUGGGGGCAUUGAAGGGCAUGAGGGACUGAGGAAGUUAGGGGGCAUCUUGUCUCCCCCUGCUGCCUCCCAGCAGAGACUAAAUCUCCAAGGGGGAGGUACAUACUCAAAUUCAGGAUUAUCACCUGUCUUAUUGAGAUGAGGCCCUCCCCUGGGAGGGGCAUUGUAAACACGUUUUCAAUAAGAGUAGUUAAAGUACUGGCGUGUGGACAGGGUUCAGUGACUUAAACUUCAGUGAGUUAGAGAGAUGCAGGUUUUCACCCUCAAACACUAAUUUCAGAUAUGCUUUCUUUUGGGGGAGAGAUAAGGGGUCCCGCUGGUGCCCCAGGAAUAGCAUAUAAUCCAGGGUGUGUCCGUGGAGGUGGAUGCACAGAACACACAUCUAGGACAGCAUCCUGCGUCAAGGCAGGAAAAGGUAGGCCUGGCCCUGCUUUCUCAGUUCUUCCCUCAUUUAAAUCUGUCUUCCCAAGGCUGGAACUAACCGUUUCUCAUCUGGUAGAAGGCUGGGUCAGCUUUCAGAGGAACAGUACUGGGGCAGAAUGUUUGCUGGUUGAAUUCUCCUGGCAGGGGGACUGGCCAGCCCUCCAUCUUUGCUUCUGCUCCCUCCCUACUCCCCCAACCCCACCAUGGGAUCCCCAGGAAGCAGCCCUGGCCCUGAGGUGGUUUUCUUGUUUGCUUUGGGUGGUAUCAGGUUCUGAAGGGGGCUGAUAUGAAUUUUUGUUUUGAAAGCUCCUUUCUGGACUUAUGCCAGAGCUCAGUUACUCCUUGGCCUUGAAAAGGCAGGAGAAUGGGCAGAAAUGGUUUAACUGUUUGUGGUUUUGUUUGUGUGUAGUUUCUUUUGUUUGUUUUUUUAAAUGAAAGACCAAAACUUUCUAUGGUCCUGUGAAUGAGCUGGGGCCUUUGAUCCUGCACUAACCAAGCAUUUUAUCCAGGUGGGGUUCAGGGAAAGAAUUCUGCCGAGUGGAUUGAGGAACACACUUGAAUGUGGAAUGAAAGACCUUGAUGUUUUUGUGUCCUGGAAAUUCAAUCACGUUCCCUUACCUGGAUCCCCUUCCUGACUCUUGGAUCAGGCUCUGACAAGAAGGUUCUGACUGUCCCUGACAAGAGCCAAAGCCUGCUGUGGGCUGGAGUGAGGCGUG